UUGGCAACACUAGAGCAACCCCCGUAUGAACAGUAACAAAAAGUAUUAGAAGGUUUGUACCAAUGAGCUGUCACGUCCCGUCCCAGGUUCUUACCGAGAUCGAAUUUGGAAAUUAACUGUGUAACACUUGAAUGAAGUGUUGAAGUGUUGGCUCGGAAUUCGCCAGGUUUGGGCCAGCCAUGGAACCAAAAAGUAACCUCGAUCUGACAAACAAUCACAUGACGUGAUCCACGCCAAUAUGGUUCCGCACCGGGGUCACAAAACCCCAGCUUCGCUGCUGGUCAUGCUAUGAAAAUAAAAUGCGUCACAAUGUCCCGACCGUGCUUGAUCAGAGCACACAUUUUGAGUAUAGACACUAUAGUUUCCAUAGACUCGCGGAGACAUGGUUGAGCUAUACGAUUUUAGUGUGUUGCACGCGUGAAUUUAGAGUGUACCGAGCAAAUAUGACGUCACGUGAUGCAUUAUCGCUAUUGAAAUCGUGACGUCAUGCUCGUUUGGCUACAGUUGUCUUCGCCUCCGCGAGUCUAUGGAAUCUAUAGUGUCUAUAAUUUUUUAGCUGUUUUUGCCGUUUUUGCUCGUUUUGCAACAUGAGAUUAGAUAACGAUUUUCGAGUUCGUCCACUCCAAUUGCUCCAAUGGUAUGAAACAAAAAGAGUUAUUCAUCGGCAAUCGGUUCGGUUGGGCGGAUUGUUGCGCUGUUCAAUUAAAGUUUCAAUACCUGAAGAUAAAUCAGAGAUUUCGCAUCAUGAAAGCAGAAAAGUUCGACCCGGCAUCCACUUCGGAUUACAUCAGCGGUAAGAAUAUCGCAGAGCACGGUAACAAAUACCAACGGGAUCUGGCAUUCAUGCUCUUCGUGCGCGUCGCUUUGAAGGGGUACAAGUUUAAGCUGUUCACGGAGUUGCCGGAGGCGGGAAAGUUCGAUGACGUCGCCGUGUACGUGGAGGAUUUGAACGAAACGUGGCUUUUUCAAUCCAAACACACGGAUCCUACGAAUCCUGGUAAGAUUUUGACCAAAGCACUCGUGCCUUCAGAUGAGAGAUUGCUCGGAAAUGAUUUUGAUCUGUUUAAAUAUGCGAGGUCAUACAUUGAAGUAGCGCGUCGAAUCAAGGGCAACAAGCAAUACUUUUUAUUCACCAAUAAAAACCUGGACGAGGAAUCGAUUCGUAACAGUGAAUAUUUGGAAAUAAUUCCUGGAAAAGUUAAUGAAAUGGUAGACUUGUCCUCGCUUGGCGGUGAGUACAGAAAGUUUCGACUGAAAAUUGAUAAGAGCGAAACAAAUAACAAGCUAAUUCGUGAUGCGAACAAGAAUUUCUACAAUUUAUUGGAUGCGAUAGGGAAUCUGUUCUCCCCUAAUGCAACCGAAGGGAAUGACAAAAAUCGGAAUAAAAUUUUGUCGGAUUAUAAAACUGUCGUUCGCAAAAUUUUGGUCAGGGAUGGCAAAAAAAUGUGUUUUUCCAAAGAGUUCCUGCUAGCAAAUAGCGAAUCACCGGCCAUGAAAAGGAUGAAAGAAGAGCUUAGCUGCUUACUCGGAAAAAACCUUGAUACCUUGAAAUGUGACAAUGUAGCGGGUCUUUUGGAUGCGAAAAAUUCCAGAAAUACAGAACUUCCCGAAUUUAUUGGAGAAACGGAGUUGAAGGAUUUUUUUGACAAUUUCACCAUGUGUGUUAACCAACCCAACGUUUUAGAGAGUGCCGUUAAGAACGAGUUACGAUUGUGGCUCAGAAAAACAGUACCUCCGCACAGCUUGGGCCAAUUCACUAGCAGCCAGCUUGAUCAACCGAUGUAUAAAUUUGAUCAGACAUUUAAAAAGUGGUAUGAGCCAAAUAUGGUAAGCUCGCCAUCAAAUAUGAUGGUCUCCCUAGGCUCUGAAAAAGCGGAAGAAUGCAUAAAAGAAAUUCUCAACGAUUUCGAAUCCCACAUUUCACAACCGGGUAUUUUGAAGCAAUAUUAUGUGCCUCGAGAAAUAGACUGUGAAAACUCAGUGAGAGUAUCUGACGAAGAGUUUCCCGAAUGGCUGAUAAAGGAGUUUCACAGAAAAAACUGUUUAGUCCUCAUUGCAGGGCCCGGCAUGGGAAAGACUACGUUUAUGCAACAUGUUUCAUUCGCAAUGCAACAAGCCUACCAUUCAACUGACUUCUACAUGAUUUAUUUGAAAGAACUCAAAAAAAAACUACAGGAAAUGGCGAAUGAUCAAAUCAGUUUGGAACAAGCGCUGCAAGUCUUCAAAGGAUCGCUUUCUGAGCAAAGUUGCACCGUGAUUAGAGAACAUACGCAGAACACGAACAGUCGAAUUCUGUUUUUUCUGGACGGAUUUGAUGAAGUUCCAUCUGCCGAACACAGUAAGAUGAUUGCUGUUCUCAAGCAACUGCUAUCAAUGGAUCGUACUCAGUUGAUGAUCAGUGGACGCAAACACGUACAGCAACAGCUUAAACAGCUUUCAUCAGAAAUUCGGACUGUCAAUUUGGUCCCGUUUUCUAAUAAAGAUCAGCUGGACUUUUUGCAAAAGUUUUGGGACGUUUCGACGAAGAAUGCAACAACAAUGGCGAAGUUUCGUAAGUUUGCCAAUCAAUUGCUGAAAACAUUUCAUUUCGGCAUAAAACGUCCCCAAUAUGAUGUCACCGGGGUACCAUUGAUGGUGAGAAUGUUGGCUGAAGUUUACAUUGAAAAAGUUGAAGAAUGUCUACUAACAGAUAAUGAGACUGACGGCGAAACAUAUAUAACAACUACAGAGUUCAGUGAAGUAAAGUUGUACGAGCGAUUCGUAGAGAAAUCCUUUUGCAUGAAAUUAAGGAAGAAAUUCUAUUUGGAUGCAUACACCACAUGCAAGGAUAAAUUGGAUGGAGAAUUUAAACCAAUAUUUGAUGAAGACACACUGGAACACCAACUGGCGGCCAUAAAUGAGCUUAAUAUUAAAGAACUGGACGAUAUCGUCCGAGAGAAGCAUGGAAAUAAGUACGAAAAUUUUUUAAAACGAGUCGAAAAUGGAAAUGACAAGUCACUGCUGAUCAAUACUAGCGGAAAGACCGUGCGCUUUGUGCAUUUAUCAUUUGCGGAGUACUUCACCGCAAAGUAUUUGUGCGAUUAUAUUGAGUGCUGCAAGCCUGUUUUAUAUCACAUUCUUAGGAAACAGGUAGGUGUACGAAAGCUUUUCUUCCGGUUAAUCGAAGAAAUGUCUGAAGAAGCGCACACUAAAUGUUUGGCUGCAUUAGGUAAGAUUUGUGAGCAAACCCCGAAAAUUAUUUUUUGGGCUUGUGAGGCAGUAUGUGUCAAUGUGACGAAAAGCUUAAACUACAAUGCCUAUCAGAAUAUUCACAUUGAUGAUUAUGGUACAAUUCUUCAUCUGGCCGUUUCUGUUGAUUCUUUUGGGCUUUUGCAAUAUCUUCUCGAUGAUUGUGGUACGGAUUCCUAUAUAAUUCCUAACACUGAGAUAAACCCGAUGGCAGAUUUCGUAAGAAAUAAAGAAAAUUACAACGAUAGCCACAGGAGUGCUGAAUGGAUUGUUUACCAUAACCAUGCAAAAAUAGUAAGCCUUCUAUUGAGUCACAAUGCUGAUGUAAACGCUGAGUCCUACAGUAAGCUUACUGCACUACAUCUGGCCGCGAAUUUUGGCUUUCUAGAAAUUGCUGACAUUCUAAUACAAACCAACCAGAUUAACGGAAAUGCUCAAGAUGAGUACGGGCGAACGGCACUCCAUCUUGCGGCCUGCUUCAACUAUAUAGAAAUUGUUAGGCUCCUGAUGAACCAUGCAGCACACCUAAAACUAGACUUAAAUGCUGUGGAUAGCGAUAACAACACGGCCCUGCACUUAGCCUUGCUAGAAAAUCACACAGAGGUAGCCAAACUGCUCAUUGAAAAUCCAUCAGUCGAUAUCAAUGCAAUAACUAAGGAUCGCAUUGCUCCUCUUCAGCUGGCUGUCGCACAUGGUAAUUCGUUUAUUGUUGAACUUCUGAAGACCCGUAACGCUAGCAUCGAUGGCUUAAACUCAAUGAACUGCACACCACUCCACAUAGCUACUGAAAAAGGGGACCCGAGUAGACGAAAAUAUAGACAGCAUUAUGAAAUAUGUUAUUUUGGCGUAAUAACUAAAUAAUGGAACCAGUAUUUUUUAUGUUAUAAACAUGUCUGUCAUACGCUGCAAAACAACAAAUAUCAUAACAAAAACCCGUUUCAAUCCACCUAGUGCCUUUCUCGUCGAAUAUGUACUCAAGAUUUUCACGCCGACGUAAGCCAAAGUGUUCCCGAAUCCUGAGAAUACUAUAGAAUGAAACAUAUUUCAUUCGCUUCUUUUGUCACAGUGCUCGUUGACUCCUCAAUAGGCUCCUAAAGGCGUAUCUCAAUUUUUGCAUAAAUCGAUCAAGCAUUGUUUAAUAUGACAUAUUUACUCGUUUUUCAUGUAUUCCUAUCAGGGAAAGCCCAUAAAAUAACUUUUUGGAAAAUUUAAUAAUUUUUCAAACUCUCCUUGUUUAGCACUCAAUUUUGAAUAAAUUUUGUUUACCGUGUAUGUCAAACAGGAACAUUUGUUGUCAAAAGUGAGCCAAUGUGAUUUCUUUUGCAACCCGUCGGUCCACUUUCGUAACGUCAAGGUUGACCACGAAUGUCAAACAGAAACUGUUUACGAUUAUUUUAUUUUCGAGUUUAUUAACAAUUCUGACAUUGUUUAAGUUCGAAAAAAAGUCUAUUGAUAUCAGAAUAGCAUGCUUCUUCGUAUUAUACAACAAAAUCGGGAAAAUAUUCUUCAUUUUAGGAGCCUAUUGGAAGGUGAUAAAUAAUAAAUGUGUUUGAUAAAAAAAAUACCCAAACCAUUAAGCAAAAUCGCUGAACUAAUCGGAUUUAAAAUUUAAAAAUUUCUUGACUUAUUUAUUUGUGCCCUUCGUCAAAAUGUUUCCUAGGGGAUGAGGGGGGUUGACAUAGGAGAAAAUCGAAAUUUGUGUCAGCCUUUUUCAGCAUGUGGGAGUUCUUCCGUGAAAGCAGAGCAAAAUAAAACACGUCUUGUGAACUUUCACUUACGAACUCAUCUAUUUAUUACAUCAUCAACUUAAAAACAUUAACACAGAUAUUCGAAUACAUUCUUUCGAAAACAGAUCAUGUCAAGUAUCCGCUACUGAAAACAUCGCAACAUCACUCACACUCUAACACUCCUCCUCGAUGUUUGCAGUUCCAAACAUAUACAUCUACAGACGGUAUACUUCACUUACAACGUUUGCAAUCAAAACAAUCUUGUCCGCAUUCAGAAUGCAGCACUUUUCUGCAGUGAAUCUACUCGCGCUCCAGACUCAACAAUACGUUUCACAGAAAUCAGACUGUGCUGAAGACCCGGAACAAAAAGAACAUUUGUCAACUUCACAUCAACCACAUUCCCAUCAUUGUCAAAACCAGUGAAAUGUCCUUCUCCAACUCCGACAACAUCCAUCUCCUUUCCGUCGGCCAAGCAAAGUUUAGAGUCUUUGUAUUGGAAUCGAUCGAAAAAUGACGGAUCAGCUGUCAUAUG